AUGGACAUAAGCGGGGGAAUCCUGGACUUUGUCCAGAGGUUCCGGAACCUCGAAGUUCAGACGGACUCCAAGGACCAGUUGAUCAAGGACCUUCUCGUCUAUUCCGAAGGAAUCGAGACUAUCCUUCGAGCCCAGAACCAAGGCUUGCUGAUCGAGCUUCGCGAUGCAAAACUCGACCUCGACGACGCGACCAAAUCGAGACGGGACCUGCAGCAACAGUUACAGGAAGUGGAGACCCGCAACAUGUUAAUAUCGCAAGACAAUAGCCAUUUGAAGAACAACAACCCUUACGUUAUUGUCCUGAUCGAUGGCGAAGGCUUGCUUUUUAAACAAGCCUUCAUCAAGCAAGGAGUCGAGGGCGGUAAACGAGCAGCAUACGCGCUGCGGACCGCCAUUCUCACAGAAUGCGGCGAGCAUGCUUCCGAUGUCGAGGUGGUGGCUAAGGUCUAUGCUAAUCUUGCCGGUCUAUCGAAAGCCAUGCGCCGUGACGGCAGCCUGGAAAACGAAAGCGAUUUGAAAGACUUUAGCCUGGGAUUCACGCAGGGCAAGGCCACGUUUGAUUUUGUCGAUGUUGGUCACGGUAAAGAAAGAGCAGAUAAUAAAAUAAAAGAAUCAACGAAAUGGAAUCUCCGCAAUUUCAACUGCAAACAAGCCAUUCUUGGGAUCUCUCACGAUGCUGGAUAUGCGCCGUUUUUGGACGAGCUGUUCCAUGACGACGCCGCCCGCCGCCGUGUCACGGUGCUCGAAGGCUUUCCCACUGUCCGAGAGCUAAUAGCGACGGGCGCCAAUAUUUUGAACUUGAACGACGACCUCUUUCGCUCCGAUAAGCUCGUGGAUAAGGUGCCGACAAGCUUGUCAUUGCCGUCGGCCGGCGGCGGUGGCGGUGUCGGCGCGAACGGUCUUGGAAACGCUGCUAAUGGCGUCGUGGGGCCGGGUACCAUUCUGACGCCUGCUGCCUCGGCCACGUCGACACCGAGCACCGCGCCGGCGACAACCUGGGCCAGAGCCAUUAGCAAUGCCAGCCCCCCUCCGCAGAUUACGCUGCCGCUGCAGCCGAGACCAGUCAACACCCCAGCUCGGGCAGCGGCGCAACAAGCCAAGCCUGCCCCGUGGAAUCCGGGCCCGCGGGGAGUCGACUCGCCCAUAACGGUGGUACAGUCGGCUUUGGACAACAUCAAGAAACGAAAAGACAACAAUAAACUUUGCAACAAUCAUUAUUUGAGAGGGCCCUGCGUCAAGGGUGAUGCCUGUUGCUUCGAGCAUAGGUACAAGCCCACCAAGGACGAGAUUGUGGCCAUCGCAUUUCUGGCCCGCCUCAACCCCUGUACUAGCGGCCAGGAGUGCGAGGUCAAAGACUGUAUUUAUGGUCAUCAUUGUCCCAGCGUGCGAGACGGGAUGUGCACCCAUCCGUACUGCAAGUUUGGAACUGCAGAUCAUCCGCCGGGCACCAAAUUCCGAACCAAGUCUCACGACUACUGA